UACGCACCUACUUCAACUUCUGGUUCAUCCUGGUCCACCCUACUCCACCCUAUCCAAACCCUCCACAAACACACCUUCAGCUGGUGCCUUCCAACAUGGCAGAUGAGCCUUUGCUUGUGGAGGAGCCAGGCCCGGUGCAUGUGGCUGCUCAACAGGGCGAUGUGGGCCUCUUGCGCUCGAUGUGCGCGGAGAGCUUGCGGCAGACAUUCCGGGGCACCACGGCCUUGCACCUGGCGGCUGCCAGCAACCAGCUACGGGCCAUGGACGUCCUGUCGCAGGCCUUCCAGGAUGUGGACGCGAGGGACGCGCGGCAGCGGACGCCGUUGAUGCACGCGGUGGCGGCUCGGGCACCCGAGGCAGUGGUUUGGCUGGCCAAGAGGAGGGCAGAGCUCGGGGCAGUCGACUCGGAUGGCCUCAGCCCGCUGCAUUUGGCGGCCACCACCAGCGGCGGCUCAGGCGCUGCAGCGAGCGGCGCGUCGAUGGCAGCGCUGCUGGCGACGCUGGGCGCUCCGGUGGAGCUGAAGGACGCUGAAGGGAGGACGGCACUAGGUGCUGCCGUGGAUGCGAACCGCUUGGAAGUGGUCGAGCAGCUGGUGCUCUCGGAUGCCUUGCUGGGCAGUACCCACCCCGCUGAGAUCAAGCGUGAGGCGCUCUUGCGCACUGGCGGCGGCGGCGGCGGCUGGGUACGGCGAUGUUUGGAGCAUCAGGUGGGCUGCCACCAGCUCCUGCCAGGCCAGUUUGGCUUCUUCAGUUGUGGACCUCCACAACCUUGUGGUUGCGGGCCCGAGCAGGUGCAGACCCAUCCACGGGAGCUCUCGCUGCUGUCGGGCGUCUUGGCGCUGCUGGGUGCCUGGAGGCUGCUGAAGCUGGAUCUGGAAGGUGAUGCUGAUGAGGUGACUGAGAUCCUUUGCAUUAUAGCCAUGGGCUGCACGCUGGCAGGCUACGUGUGCUUCUUCAUGGCCGCCUGUCGUUCCGCGGCUCCGGCGCCCGGCGCAGCACCGGAGAUGCCCGGCGCGGAGGAAGGUUACGAGCUGGCACUGCGGCAUGCGGCCGCUGUAACCUGGAACAGCCCGGAAGAGCUCUUCCAAUGGUGGGGCACCAAGGCGCCGAUGAUCCACGAGCUGAGAAUGCUGGGCCCCGAGCGGUCCAAGUUCUGUUCAGCGACGCGGCGCAUCGUGCCUGUCUUCGACCACUACUGCGCCUUCCUGCGAAACUCGGUGGGCCAAGGCAACUAUGGGGCCUUCUUCGGCUGCAUCUCUCUGGCAGUUUGCACGUGCAUUUGUUUGGUUUGGGCUGCAUGGCGCCUGGACUGUCUAGUGCUGGUGGGCUUUUAUGUGGCGAUGGCACUGGCACCGACAGUGCUUGUGGCCUUUCACAUAGCGCUGAACUGCUUCGGGUUGACGACCUGGGAGAUGCUUCAAAUCAGCAAGCAGAGGCCGGUGCCUUACUUGCUGGACGAGCAGGGCCAAUAUCAGAACCCCUACGACCGAGGCUUCCUCCGCGUCUCGGGAGACGACAGACGGACCGGUGAAACGGAACGUGGACCCAUCGGAUUCAUCGGAACUCCAGUGAGAGAAUACGCCACACUGGUUCAUCGCCGGGUUUACUUAAGUGCAUGGCUGUCCUGAAACAGAGGACAACAAAGAACAUUGCACAUUUUCAUGAUGGCACUCGCUUCGCUAUCGGAAUCAUGUUGAAGGUCUUUACGAAGCUUUAGGUGGGUUUACGGGUCCUGCCAGUCGAAGUUGGAAUGGGGGCACUCAUGCCCCACCAUGCCAAGUAUUGGAAAAUAUUUGAGGCAUCUAAGCAUUUCAUGUGGUGAUACUAAUACAUAAUAAGUUGACAAGCAUCGGAGAUCUCGCCUUGCCUUACAUCCUUCUUUCGAAAAAAGCAACGCACAGGCUGAAGACAGACUUGGAACCGAGGCAACUUGCUUGCCCGACUGCGGGGCGAGGACGCGGUGUCCUCGGCUUGCGAGUGAAAAGAGGCGACGGUGGCGAUGGAAAGAUGGAAC